GGGGCGGCCUCCCUGCGCGCCUUCGCUCUGCAACUGUGGGAGGGCGUCGAGGAAGCCACCUCGCGACGCCGGCGCGCGUAUUUGUACACCGGCGCACGUGUCUCCCGGCCUCAGGAGACACGUGUCUAACUGACCCCCCCCCCACACUUUUUUUCAUUCCUCAGUUUCCCAGCCGGCGUGCACGAUAGAAAACCCCACCCUCCCCUCUCGGGAAAGAGAGUGUUAGUUCCAGCGUGAAGCGCCACCCUCGGCGUGGGGCGGUACAGAAGACGGGAAGGACCAGGCGCGGAGUCUCGCUCGCCUCAGGGGAGGCAAUCUCCUUCUCCCUUAACCCGGUGUAGAAGCCCGCCCGUGUGAACGGGAGGAAAGCGGCUGUGCGCAGAAGCUGGCGGGGGAGGUGGAGAAGGCAGUCGGAGGAGGAGGAGGGGAGAGAGCGGGCGCUCGCUUCUCCUGUUGCCGGGGAGCUGGACGCCGCUUGCCCCGGCCCCGCGCCCCGCCGGGAGGAUCUGCCCAGGGCGCCGGGGGGAAGGAGGGAGGGAGGGGAGGGAGGAGCUGGAUCCCGGGCGCCAGAGAGGAGGACAGCUAGGCGAGAGGAGGCGCGCAAUCGGUGCCCGUCCCGUCCCAGCGCCCCGGGGCGUCUCCGCUCCGCAAGAUGCGCGGCAAGGACAGGAAAGAGAGCCUCUCCGACUCCCGCGACCUCGACGGUUCUUACGACCAACUAACCGGCAACCCACCUGGCCACGCUAAAAAAGCCCUGAAGCAGCGGUUCCUCAAGCUGCUGCCCUGCUGCCGUCAGCCCAAAUCCAUCCCCUCAAUCAGCGAAAGCAAUGUAGAGGAUGAGUUUGAGCUCUCCACUGUUUGUCAUCGGCCCGAGGGCCUGGAUCAGCUGCAGGAGCAAACCAAGUUCACCCGCAAGGAGCUGCAGGUCUUGUACCGAGGCUUCAAGAAUGAGUGCCCUAGUGGCAUUGUUAAUGAAGAGAGCUUCAAGCAGAUCUACUCACAAUUCUUCCCACAGGGAGAUUCCAGUACAUAUGCAACUUUCCUUUUCAACGCAUUUGACACCGACCAUGAUGGCUCAGUCAGUUUUGAGGAUUUUGUGGCUGGCUUAUCCAUUAUUCUACGUGGUACUAUAGAUGAUCGGCUCAACUGGGCCUUCAACCUCUAUGACCUGAACAAAGAUGGCUGUAUCACCAAAGAGGAAAUGCUGGACAUAAUGAAAUCCAUUUAUGACAUGAUGGGCAAAUACACUUACCCAGCCAUGCGAGAAGAAGCACCUCAGGAGCAUGUGGAAAGCUUUUUCCAGAAAAUGGAUCGGAACAAGGAUGGAGUGGUGACUAUUGAGGAAUUCAUUGAGUCCUGCCAGAAGGAUGAAAACAUCAUGAGUUCCAUGAAGCUCUUUGACAAUGUGAUCUAGUGGGCUACUCCUGGGGCCCAGACCUUCACACACACUCCUGGGGCUUCUCUUCUUGGUGUAUCCCUCUGAGGCAUUCUUCUCUUGGCUGUAUGGACAAAGCAGCCCCUUGUCCAUGCUGGACUGGGAGACAUUUCUGGAGACCAUGUACUCGAGAUGCAACUGGGGGAAAGUCCCUGCAAUGGGAACCACGGGGGUGGGAGGGAGCCUUUGGCUGGGUUGGACCAAGGCCCAGCAGGGGGAACAGCUUGACAUCCACAAGCACUUCCUCUGGGCAUUGAAAAGGAAAAAAAACCCCGGAUCAACCUGCUGCCUCCCCUUGGAAGCUGCACUGCCCUGUCACCAAGUAGUAUGCCCACCCUUUAGGGCCUUCCAAAUCACAGCAACCCCUGACCCUUCACUGGGGUUCCAAGCAGGUUUCACACCACCAAAUGGCAGUGCAACAGCUGGUUGCCAAGGACUUUCAAAGGAUUUUGUGUGUGUGCAAUCUUACCCACUGCCUAUAAGGAGUGGACUCCAUCUAAUUUGCACCAAGGCUCUCACUGCAAUACCCUGAGGCUUCCAGUUGGGAGAUAAAUUUCCCAGUGUCAGGGUAACUUGCAAUCCUGGCACUAAACUCUGGGGGAGAGCUGAGGCAAAGAAAUAGAGAGUGAGUGGGAUUUUGCUUUGUGGUUUCUUUCCUUUGCAUCCUCAACAGGAAAUGAAAACUGUGUGCCACUCAUGAGAGGCAGGUACAACACAACCUUUAGCUUUCAUUUACAGAUCAGGAGGGAGGGGUGAAUUAUGCUUGGAUUCCCAUGGCAAGAAAGUACACUAAGCUUGAUCAGAGCUUUUCCUUGCAUCCCGCCCUCUAUAAUCUGUCAUGAAAACAGGGGUAGAAGUGGUGAGGACAUGUCACUAGAAACGUUUAAAUGAGGAUGGAAUCUCUGGUCUCACUGGGCAGGGUCUCUAUGCGGCCUGAGAUAAUGAUAAUACUAUCUGUUACGCAGCUCCAACAACUGAGGGCCAUACAGAAAGUAAGUGUCAAGAGCUCAGACAUCCUUCAAUGAGAAGAAACUCAGGGUUCAGCUAAGGAUUACGGGUGACAGUCUGGCAUCAGCUAGGGUAUGCUUUGUCCUUGAACUAAGUUCACUUAAAGAUAAAAACAUGACAUAGCUCCUUGACUUACAUUGAUCAUGGUGAAUGGAAGAGGUGGAAGAGGGCAUGUGUGAGAGCAGAUAAAAGAAAAUCCUAGGAAUCACAUUAGAGGGUGGAAGAGCUUUGCUGUUUCUUCCCUGUGCCAACUAUCUCUUUAGCUGCUGCUCAUCUCUCUGUGAUGCUUACCCGCUUUUUAUGUUUUAUUACAAAUAAGCCCUUGGGUCAUUCAGAAGCAGAAACAGUAUGGGCAACUGGCAUCUUCAGAGUGUUUAUGAAUCUCCAACAGAGUGCCAGGUUCUGAACAGAGCAUAGCAGCAACACUGUACUUGUGUAGAGGGCUUACAGAUCACACUAGCUGGCCAAGACAAGGAUACUGUAAUGGGUCAGCAAUUCAUAAUGAGCAGCGGGAGUGGACUAGCCAGAGGAGCUGAAAAUGUAGGUCUUGUGGAAGGGCUUAAAUUGGAAUAAGCUGUUUGAUGCAUGGAGGAAAGUGUGGCAUGGCAAUGCAGGAGACAAAAACUGAUGAAAGAGGAGUUGUGCAAACUACAGAGGCCAACAUGGAAAGUAAACAAAGACAAAGAAAGAGAAAGAGAAACUGCCUGUAACAGAGAUAUUAAGGGCUUAAAAAGAACUAGAAUCUUGAAGCUGAUUCUAGUAUGACAAGACCACUCAGAUUAAGGCAAAGUAUAGGAAAGAGACAAGGAUGAUACUGAAUAGGUUUGGGGGUUUUUUGGUCAUACAAACAGGUACUGUAUCCCAACGAAGGCAGAAAAGUGAGGGAAGAGUUAGCGAGCCAGAGGCUGAGGUACUCAACAGCAGACAGUAUCUAGAUGGCAGAGAUGAACACCCUCUAUCCUGUCCCUGCCUAGCAUCCCCUGCAGUACACAAGCUAGUUCUACCAAUGUUCUUAAUAUCUUACCCACAGCCCUAGUUUUAUCCCAGCACUUAACUCCUCUCAGGCUCAUCUCAGUUAUUGUUCCUGCAUCCUGACAACCAACCCUAUACUUUAGCUCCCAUCUCAGACUACAGUUGCAAUCUUGAGUAAGCACUUAGGCACUUGGCAGUCUAGAGCAAGAUUCAAAGACCCACAGAAAUGAGUUUCUUUGUUCUGUGGUCUGAAAGUGGAAUGUAUCAUUCAAGAGUGUGUGAAGGACAGGAAUUGGAACUGGCCAGCUCAGGAUUUUUAGCUAUGCAAACAGACUUCCAUGUGCACUGGAGCCCAGCUUUGGCUCUUCUCCUUCCUGAGGCUGCCAUUUCAGUUCUUGCCAACCCAUCAUUACAGCGCUUAAGGGUCCCUCUUUGUGUAGUUCAGAUGUGUUUUCUGCUAAGGGUCACAGCUGGGAUCAAAUCUUGGAGAUUGGGAACAGUUUGGCAUCUACAUGGUGGUUAUUUUUAUUUAAAUUUGUACAAUGCCUGGACCCAUAACCACACUAUGUUUUUAAAAUUUCUUUACCUUGGCUUAGUUUCUCCUCCCCAUGCCUCAAAAUGAUUUUAACAAUCCCAUCCCUGUAUAACCCUCCCCAAGCCUGUCCCUUCCACACAUGCAUUCUCUUCAAUGAAACAAUUUCUAAUCACAAACAUCCUCCUACCAUCUUGCACUCCCAUCUUCCAUCCAAGAAAGCCUGUUUCUGUGCACUACACAACAGUUUCCUUUCUCCUGCAUCUCUCCCAUCCUCAUUCCUCACCAGUACCAUCCUAUCUGGCUUAUCUCAAACUUAAGGGUUUACACUAGUGUUUAUUACCCCUUAAGGCCUAUAGGAGAAGCUGGAGGGGGGAGGAGGGGAAGAGAAGAGUCACACCCAAACUACCCUCCGUGGCUAUUCAUAACCAGUCAGAAUAGUAUAGUAGUGCUCUGCUACCCUGCAAUUGCUCACAGGGCAGCUUCAAGUACAAAAGUUGCCUACUGUGGUAUAUGUGUAUGUCUGACAUCACAGCAUGUUCUAAUUGCCAUCCUGAAAUCAUUGAUAUGGCCAUAAUGUGUAUGGUAGAUCACUCUCCCUUGUACAGAAAAUUCCCAUGCUACCAUUGCUAGGAAUAUCUUGUGGUGAUGUAGAAACUUCACACACAUCUGGGGAAAUCCACUCUUUAUGGUCACUGCAUGAAGCAGCCAUAAUAUUUAAACUGGCUCUGUUAGCUGUGGAUGGGAUGCAAGCCACAUGGCUGACAACUGGCCACUGCUGAGGGAACUACCCUCAUCAAAGAUGAACACGUACCUGCCUGUAUGCAAAGUUAACACUACCCUUAUAACACCGCCACUUCCAAGUGUGUCUAAAGUAGCCUUGUGCUUUUCCUGAUGGGUCUUUAUGCUGGAACACUCUAGCAGAAGUGAUUGUCUCACUUUACUAAGAACCCAGAGUUGUUCUUCAAGAACAGAGGUGACAAUUCAAAGGCCUUCCUGGUUACAAGCAAGUCAGGGUGGAAAGUGCUGUAAUCAGAACUGGGAAUCACAAAUAGUCCAGACUCAAGACUAUCCUGCUCUCAGAUACAGGCUGGCUUCUGGGGCUGCAUUUUCAAGAAGGGCCAAGAGCAUAUUUCCUCACAUUGUCAGCUACCAAAUAAAGAUGGGUGUUGGUGAGCCCAAGUAAAUUAUAAAAGGAGGUGCUUUAUACCGUGUUAGGCCAAUGGCCCAUCCAGCCUGAUACGGUCUGUCUUUUCCAGGUUUAGGCAGAAUUCCUUGCUUCCAGAGAUAGCUGCAUUCAAGAUUAGUCUUCAAAAUGCAGCUGUGGCCCACUCCCAUGAAAUGCUGAUAGCCUUUCCCACUUUUCACUGUGUCUGUUAUCAGAUACAGCCAUAGGUCCAUCAGAAACUAUGGUGGGGAGAUGAGAGUAAAGAAACACCACAUAGAUUACCUCCCCAUACACAGUGAUCUUCCACCAGCCCAGCCCAGAUAUACUCACCUUUUAAAUGGGCUUUUAUUCCCUUUCUGACAAAGUACUUCACUAUUCCAGGGGAUUUUGCAGUUGAGAAGUAUGUCUUAGGCUGCAUACUCAACAUCCCUUCUAAUACAGAGAAUUUGUCCUUCUGACACCCUUUAACUAAACUGUCACAUUUGUAGUAAGGAUGGUCAGAGUGAGAAGAUGGUGAAUUUACCCACCAUCACUCUUUUAAUGCAUGUUUAUGGGUAAAGUGGCGAUUUCAAUUAAUUAAGAGAGCAUUACAGAAACCAGGUUAUUCUAAAAGAAUGAACAUAAAGUAGGAGGACAUGACCUUUUCAUUCAGCGUUACAUUGGUUCUAUUUAGAAUCAUUCUCUGAUUUUGCAAAGCCCAUAUCCUGACCCAUCACUCAUCUCUUUGCAGAUUGUUCUUUUGUUUGAAACAUCUUCAUCCUGUCUGUUAAUACUCCUGAUGGCAAUCCCUAUGUGGGUGGGGCUACUGCUCCACUCCUCACCUAUACGCCAGCUGCAUAUUUCUACCUGUGCUCUCACUACAAUCACUAAAUCAGGGCCAGAUGGCCCAUUCCCACUGCACUAGUGGGGCACAUUGAGCUCUGCUAUCAGCUUUGCAUUUUCAACUCUGUAUAUUUUGUAUAAUAAUAAAGAUCAAGUAUGACAAUAAAAUGCAACCACAAUGGCUAUGCACAAACA